UAGUUGCUCAAAAAAAGCAUAUUCUUUCUCUCUCUCUCUCUCACACACACACACACACACAUUGAUACAGGGGCAUCCUGCCUUGACUUUAAAUAUCUCUCCUUGCACAACUUUCAUCUGAAUAUCUGUUCACAUUCGUUCAGUUUUAAGAUCCAAAAUUUAAAUGAGAAAAGUAUAGUAUAUAUCUCUGUCAUGGGUUUUCUUAUUUUUUUCUCAUAUACGAUGCUGUGUAAAUCUUGUAAUUGAAUUCUAAGUCCAACCCAUUGUUAUUUUCCCAAAAUUCUGAUCUGGGUUGCCAUUGAUUUCUUGGUUGAUUGGCUUCCUGGAAAAUAAAAAUGGCCCCAAAUUCGGUUGUAGUCACAAUUGAGGAGUCUUUAUUAGAACCCAAUGGUUUGAAUUCACCAGUGUUUCCUGAUAAACAGAAGGCUGCAAGUCCCAAGCAAUUCACAUGGGUUCUUCUUCUGAAAGCAUACAGAGUUCUCACAUUCAUUCCUUGGCUUGCAAUGGGGUUGUUUGGUGUGUUUGCUUCAGUUAAGAAACGCAUUGCAUUGUCCAACACAAGUGAAGAAGAGCCCCAAAACAAAGGGAAGUUGUAUAGAUUUCUAAGGGCAUGUUUGGCUAUAUCCAUUGUGGCUUUGGUUGUUGAAGUGGUUGCCCAUUUCAAGAAGUGGAAUUUAGAUCUGAUUCAUCCUUGGGAGGUUCAGGGUCUUAUGCAAUGGUCUUACAUGGCUUGGUUGUCUUUUAGAGUUGAUUAUGUUGCUCCCUUGCUUAUGAUGCUUUCUAAGUUCUGCAUUGUGCUUUUCAUGAUUCAAUCGCUCGAUCGGCUCGUGCUAUGUGUUGGGUGUUUUUGGAUCAAGUACAAGAAGUUGAAGCCAGUGGUUGAAGGUGAAGCAUAUGACAUUGAAGAUUGUUCAACUUUCCCAAUGGUUCUUGUUCAGAUUCCAAUGUGCAAUGAAAGAGAGGUAUAUGCACAAUCAAUCUCUGCUGCUUGCCUGUUGGAUUGGCCAAAGGACCGCCUUCUAAUUCAAGUCCUAGAUGAUUCAGAUGAUGAAAAUGUACAGCUUCUAAUAAGAAAUGAAGUCUUCUCAUGGAGACAGAAAGGUGUGAACAUAAUCUACAGACAUCGAUUCAUCAGAACCGGAUACAAAGCUGGCAAUCUUAAGUCAGCCAUGGCCUGUGAAUAUGUCAAAGACUAUGAGUUUGUUGCAAUAUUUGAUGCAGACUUCCAACCAAGUCCUGAUUUUCUUAAACAUACAAUGCCUCACUUUAAGGGAAAUCCGGAGUUAGGCCUGGUUCAGGCUCGCUGGUCCUAUACAAACAAGGACGAAAAUUUGCUUACAAGGCUUCAAAACAUCAAUCUGUGCUUCCAUUUUGAGGUGGAGCAGCAAGUCAAUGGCAUGUUUCUCAGCUUCUUCGGGUUUAAUGGAACUGCUGGUGUCUGGAGGAUUAAGACUUUAGAGGAGUCCGGAGGCUGGCUUGAUAGAACAACGGUAGAGGAUAUGGACAUUGCAGUUCGAGCCCAUUUGAAAGGGUGGAAAUUCAUCUACCUCAAUGAUGUCCGAGUGCUUUGUGAAUUACCGGAGACAUAUGGAGCGUACAAGAAACAACAGCACCGCUGGCAUUCAGGUCCAAUGCAGCUCUUCAGAUUAUGCCUUCCUGCCAUUAUAACUUCCAAGAUAUCGAUAUGGAAGAAGGCUAACCUGAUAUUUCUUUUCUUUCUCCUACGAAAACUGAUACUACCCUUUUACUCAUUUACAUUAUUUUGUAUCAUACUUCCAUUAACCAUGUUCAUACCCGAGGCUGAAUUGCCCAUUUGGGUGAUCUGUUAUGUCCCCGUGUUCAUGUCCUUUUUAAACAUUCUCCCAACGCCAAAAUCCUUCCCAUUCUUGAUGCCAUACCUACUGUUUGAGAACACAAUGUCGGUGACAAAGUUCAAUGCCAUGAUAUCAGGCCUAUUUCAGCUCGGAAGUGCUUACGAAUGGGUAGUGACAAAGAAGACCGGCAGGGCAUCUGAAUCUGAUUUAUUAGCCCUUGCUGAGAGGGAAUCAAAAAGUGCAAAUCAAGAGAAAAUCCAGAGGAGGCUUUCUGAAUCCGGUCUAGAAAUGUUCGGUAAACUAAAACAAGAAGAGGUUGUUGUUCCACUUGUAAAGAAGAGAAACAGGCUCUAUAGAAAGGAACUUGCACUUGCUUUUCUUCUACUCACUGCAUCAGCAAGAAGCUUGUUGUCAGCACAUGGAGUUCAUUUCUAUUUCUUGUUGUUCCAGGGAUUGUCUUUCCUUGUGGUUGGCUUGGACUUGAUUGGCGAGCAGAUUAGCUGAGACAAGACUUAAAAUUAUCCCAAUUCAAGCUCUAUGUUUAAGCAAAUUAUACUGCAAUCAAAGUACAGCAGUAUAAACUUGAGUUGGUACAGGAGUUCAUCAUAGAUUAGGGACAUUUGGUGUUGAAUUAGCCCGGUGAGAGAUAACAUAUUAGAAUUACUAUUAUUUUUUGUUGUACAAUUACAUGUAUUACUUAUUACCAGUGUUUCAAAUAAUGUACCCAAUAUAACAGAAGCAAUUAAAAAAUCUUUGUUUGAGUGUA